AUGAUCUCGACUUACGAAAAAGUUUUAUGGACGGCUACCAGACUUCUUCGAGUUUUGUCUGCAUGGAUUCCCGUCAAAUAUGAAAUAAUUGCUCAAGAUCCGCAUUUGGAUUUCUUUACUCAUUGUUUAGAAUGUCACUCAUCGCGAGUAAUAACAAACGCCCUAUGGACUAUGAGGAAUCUUUCAGAUAUUGCCGUAAAUAAUAUAACAUCGGAUGUCUCCGUUAAUGUAGUAAGACAGCUUCUUCAUCAACUGAGACUCAACAUAUGUAGUGAUAGCUAUGGAACUUACUAUUCAACCAAUACUGGAGGUGAUACUCCUAUGUCCCGGUGUGUUCUAGGAGCACUAGCAAAUUUAACAUGUAGGAAUAAUGCUGCAAAGUCCUACGUUGUUCGGCAUAACGGAAUUGAUUUAAUCAUGCAAAUAUUGUAUAGUGAAAUAAGUGGACAAAAAAAUUAUUAUCAUACAUUUUGUGAUAAUCUUAGUCAAUCUAUGUUAAAUAUGUCUAUUCAAUGUAAAAAUGAUAAUGAUCAUUCUAAUAUAGUUAAAAAAUGUUUAAAUAAAUUACAUAACAAUGAUAAUAAUAAUAAUAAUAAUAAUCACUACCAUGUAACAAAAUCUCCAAUCAUAGCAACAACAACGACAACAGUAUCCUCAUCAUCAUCAUCAUCAAUAAUCAAUAAUCAAUCAAUAAAACAAAAAAAUGAAUUACAUUUAUUAAAUUAUUUUUCUUCUUAUAAUAAUAAUAAAUUAAAUAAUUUAUUAAAUAUAUCAAUAUUUAAUUCAACAUUAGAUUUAAUUGAAGCAGGUUUACGUUGUUUAUCACAUUUAACAAUUGGACAUAUGGAAUUAAUAAAUGUUUAUCAUUAUUUUAUACAUCAACGUAUUGCAUCCAAAUUAAUUAUAUCAAUGGGUAAUAUAUAUUUACCAUUAUUAUUAUCAUUUCCAUUUGAUCAAUAUAUUAAUUUAUAUAAAGAUACUACUAUUAAUACUACUACUACUAAUACUAAUAAUAAUAGUAAUAAUAAUAAUAAUAAUAAUAAUAAUGAUUGGGAAUUUGAUUGUUUAACCCAAAUACUUCAAUUAACAAAGACUUGGACUAUAUUAGUACGAAAUUUAUGUAUAAAUUAUUAUAAUAAUGAUGAAUUCACAUCUAUAACAAAAGCAAAUUCAUACGAUACAUUAUUAAAUAAUAAUAAUAAUAAUAGUAAUAAUAAUAAUACAAAUCUAUGGCCUAAGCAUUUACGUUCACAAUUUCGUCAUGGUAUUCAUAAAUUAGUACAAAAUUUAAGGCAUUUAAUAAAUACAAUUCCUCGAGAUUUACAACCAAAAGAACUUAAACCUACUAUGGAAUUUGUUCAUAAUGUAUCAAUGACAUUAUUCUCAUUGAAUAGCAAUAAUAAUAAUAAUAACGGUCAUAUUAAUAACAGUACCACUACCAAUUAUGAUAGUCAAUAGAAUAUUGGAUCCCUUAGUAACAAUUCAUUGAAUAACUUUAAAACAACUACUAUGAUUAAUUGGUAUUUCAAUGGUGCAUGAUCCUUUAUUCCUCUCCCCCCCCUCUUUUUUUUUAAAAAAAAUCACAUUUAUUUUCAUGUUUUUAUUGUUGUUGCUUUGACUGAUAUUAUUCAUUCAUCUACCUCAUUCUAUUUAAAUAAUGUUUGAUGUUACACUAAACUGUUACCAUAUAUAUAUAUAUGUGAAGCAUAUAUGGGGUUAUACUCAUUUCAUUCCUACUACAUUUAUAUACCAGUGCAUUGUAUUCAGAUAGGUAUUACAAAAUGAUAAAUACAUUAUUCAAUUAAACUAUAUAUAUAAACACAUAUGAUCUACCUCAAUUUUAUUCAUGGAUUACUAUUGUCAUCAUUAAAUGAAUAUAUGAAGAGUUGUUUAUAUACAUAUAUUUGUUUCUGAUAACUUGCUUUCAUCGAAUAAUUGUUUCCAGUCUUCAUCAUUUUGUUCUAAUUAUUCUUCUUCUAUCAUAUCAAUCUUCUUCAUAUUAUGAAUAUCAUCAAUUCUAUCUUUACCUCUUAGAGAUUUAUAUCUUCAAGAAUAUUCUAUUUUGUUUCAUGUUUAUAGAUCUUGUUUUAAUCUUCCUUCUUCUCUCUCUCUCUCCUUAUCACUAAUCUAUCUCUUUUUAAAACAUUCUAUAUGUACAUAUGAGUGUAGAUCUUUUAAUGUUUACAAGAUCUUAUCGUUUUCAUUUUAUGUUUUUUUUCUUCUUCUCCUAAUCACUAUCCUAACAAUCAUCAUCAUCAUCAUCGUUGUUUUAUUUCAAUCAAUCUCUAAGAAGAAUACUACUACUACUGCUGCUGCUUCUACUGUUGUUAUGGUUGUUGUUUUUGUUCCUAUCGUCACUAUCAUCUUAUUGUGAAUAGUGUAAUUCUUUAUUUUGAAUUUUUUUCAAUCCUAUUCAUCUUUAUUAAUUAUAUACAUAUUUCAUUGUUCUCUCUUUCUCACAUUCUAGUUUAUACACCUAUAUGCAUCAAGUAAUAAUUCGAUAGAAACGAAGAAAGAGAAGAUGAUGAUGAUGAUGAUGACAUCACUGAGUGGAUACAUCUUAUUGUGUUCAUCAGAGUAAUCUAUACUCUGAUUACUUUGAUGAAAAUAACUAGUCUAUCUCUGUCAUUUCAUUAAAUGUAUUUAUAUACGUGUUUGCUCAUUUACAAGCUUAUUAUUAAUACCUAUUAAUAAAUAAAUAAUUAAAUAAAUUUUCUGUUCAAUAAACAACUAUAUGUUUCUCUGUGUGUGUAUGUGUUUGUUUGUUUGUAUGUGUGUGUGCGUGUGUGUGUUGGUAUAUGGUAACUCUUAUUCUCCUCCUUUUCCCAUUGGCCGUAGCUAGAGCUCGCUUUCAACUCGGAUACGGGAACAUAUUCCAGCUUGGUUCUAUAAGAGUGAAAGGAAAACAGUUAGGAAUUCUAUACUUGAACACCUAAUCGACUAAAUCUUUACAUUUGUUUAACAUUUAAGAGUGAAUUGAUCAGUUCCACUAUAUAUAUAUUUUAUUUCUCUCUUCCCAAUAAUAUAAUUUUACUCAUCUUUCAACUGUCCAAUGCAUAAUCACUAUAUCGGAUACACGAUGGGAAUUCACCUGUACACACACACACACAUACAUAUAUAUAUUAAUAUAGUUGUGUUCUCUUAUAAUGAAAUUCUAAAGUGUGUUUCCAUGUUGUUGUUGUUUGUUUGUUUAUUAUGAUUUAAACUGAUAAGGUUUCCUUCA